UUCAACUACGCCGUCACACUGCACAAACCCCAUCAACCCACACAAACCUCACUACACCGCACCAUCAUGGCUCAGUCCUCCGAAAACCCCAUCGAACGAGAACAGAAAUAUCUCUACAAAAGUCUGCACAAUCAGCUCACUUCACUAGGGAUCAACACCGUCGAACAGUUCUCCCGGCUUGAUGAGAGCGAAAAAAAACAACAGAUCGAACUGCUUGGAGAAAAAAUCAUAGGAAAAAUCACCAUGUCAGGUUUGGCUGGACAGCUUAAACAGGCAACCUCGAGAAUUACUUCGCUUUAUCAUGACGGUCGCUUCGAAGCUUUCGAGCCUCUCAUCGCGGUCAUUCUCUCCGACGACGCCAAAUCCGAUUCAGAAAUGUAUGAGUUCAUUGACACUCAAUUCACCACCCGCUCAACCCAUUCAUCAGCCAUGAGGACCGGUACCGCAGCCGGCCUCAUGAGCUCUUCCAACAAGCUUUCCGACAUCCUUCCUGUGCUAAAACGGGAAUUGAACGAUUUAAUGUACACUGAUGUUCCAGGGUUGGUGGAUCAUUUCAUCAAACUUCACACCAAUUCCGCCUCGCUCCUCAAAUGUCACAUUGAUCCCGCGUUUCUCCUGCAACCCCUCGAAAACGUUAUUAAUCAAAAGUUUACAGAAAGAUUAACAGACACCUCGGAGCAUUUUGUGUUGGAUUGGAUCACACCGCUUCUAGAAAAAAUCUCUUCCUGUCUGCAGUCGAACAUAUCAGCCCCUCAGCAUUCUCGUACUUGGCGGUCCCUGCGUUAUAAGCCUAUAAAGGGCGUCGAUGGACAACGCAAGUGCGAUGGUGCGAUCAUGUCCAAGUACUCCAAGGACGACAAUCACAUUCAAGAUAUUCUAGUCCCUGUCGAGCUCAAGAAGAAUAAAUCAGAUGGCCAAGAGGCAGCUCUUUGCUUGGCCAAAUACGUCCUGGAGGUCUUCAAAAAGCAGCCCACCCGAAGCUAUGUCAUCGGUUUUACACUGUGCGGAACUUGGAUGCAGCUCUGGCAGUUCGAUAGGUCCGGAGCCAUUGGUUCUGAAUCAUUUAACAUCAAAAGUACUGAAGAAGAGUUCAAGAGGUUUCUCAAUCUCAUUACAUUGUUUUUAACGUCAAAUAAGCAAGUCCUCGGCUUUGAUCCAACCUUCGUCGAUAUUGACGGGCAGACUUGUACUCCAGUACCGCAAAAGAUACAAAUCAGGAUCCAGCACGAGCUUCAAGAAUUCGUAAUAGACAAACUCAUCUCCCGAGCGUCAGGCAUCUGCGGACGUGGGACAACCUGCUGGGAAGCCCACCUCUCUGGAAAUCAGGGUGAGAAAUUUCUGAUAAAAGAUUCGUGGCAACCUCGAGAACAGAGAUCAGAAGGGGAUAUGCUUCGCGACUUGACAGCAAGAGAUGUUCCCAAUGUGGUGCGAUAUUAUCAUCACGAAGACGUCCACGUUGCCACCCAGAUAGUCGACAUUAAAUCUUAUGUGCGAGGGGACAUCAAUUUCGAAAGCAAAUCGAAGAUCCAAAUCGUUAAAACACCCAUUGCUCAACAAGAGCAAAAUCACUUUACCGAUCGGGUUCUUAGACGUUUGAUCCUCAAAGAUGUGGGGGUACCCAUUUGGAAAGUUGAUUCUCCGCUUCGUUUGUUGGAGGCCCUUGAGGGCUGUAUUACAGGGCAUCUGGCCUUAUUGAAAGCGGGCUAUCUUCAUAGAGAUAUCUCCAUCAACAACCUCAUGAUUAACAACAAGACAACCGAUCCGGAUCGAAAAUCAUUUGUGAUCGACCUAGAUUGGGCGACCCCCUACCCUACGCUGAAUGAUCGAGACCUCCAUGCAAGAAUCGGCACGAAAGCGUUUAUGUCGAUCAAUUUGCUUAUGGGAGAAGAUUCUCACACUCACGUGGAUGACCUGGAAUCCUUCUUUUGGGUCUUGACAUGGAUUUGCAUCCAACCUGCUGUCAACACGAAUAAACAAACUUUGGUGACUGAGUGGAAUCAUCUGCCCCUGCAAACUCUGGCGGUCAACAAGAUAGGCUACCUUGCUAAACCUCACCACCUGACAGACAACUUCAUGCCUCAGUACAAAAAACUUAAGCCUCUUGUCCAGUGUGUCCACAACUUUGCAGAAAUCAUGGCUGAUCCUUUUGUGAGAGAAGAAAAAGAACCUACAAGACUUUAUUGUAAAAUAUUGGAGCUUCUACAUCAAGCUCAAGAAAAGCUGAUUGAGACACAACAACCAAGCCAGUCACAAGCAUAAGAUUCUACUUUUUGUUUACAUUUUGUUUCAUUCUGAUAUCAUCAUUGUUCUGCCAUUGAUCACCUAUCCUGGCCUGUGGUUGUAUGUGAUUCUUCUCCCUUUUGAAAUCUUUCUGUUUUUCUGAACUGU